AUGGCCACCUCUGCGGGCUUUGAACUGUGCUCCGGCUUCCAACAGCCCUUCUACUUCAACCAGUGGGGCUCUCCGGCCGGGGGCAGUGAUGACCUCAGCAGCACUGCACCCUCGACCCCGUCCCCGGCCGCCCUGUACCCGUUGGAAGCUCCGUUGGAGACGAUGGCUCAUAACCAGGCGCUGCAGCAACCGUGUGAAGGACUUGAAGCGAGUCCGAGAAAGAAGGGCGGUUCGACGGAAUCAGUCCAACAAAAUCAGCAGUUCUUCCCUUGGAUGAAAUCUUACUCUGAUUCUGGCACAACUGCUAAAAGGUCUCGCCAGACCUACUCCAGGCAACAGACCCUCGAAUUGGAAAAGGAGUUCCACUUCAAUCGCUACCUGACCAGAAGACGCCGCAUCGAAAUCGCCCACUCGCUCUCACUAAGCGAGCGACAAAUCAAAAUCUGGUUCCAGAACCGCCGAAUGAAGGCCAAGAAGGACGGAAAAUUCCCAUCGCCGGACAACGCGAGCGACCUUCUUCCUCCGCAGAUGGCAGCGCCGCCUGCGGUAGGUCCCUUCCAUCAACCCCAGGUAGUCCCUGACCUCGGCCACUUCCACCACAUGAUGCAGAGUUUCUAA